UCACUCUCAACUCUUCAACUCUUCUUUCUUUCUCUUCCUUUCACUUCUCUCUCUUCUUCAACACAAGAACACAGACAAAGAGAAAAAAAAAAGAAAAGAAGAUGAAUAUGAAACUCUUCAUUACUCUUUUCUUCUUUCUACAAUGAACAAAGGACCACACAACCUCUUCUUCAUUGAAGAAGAUGGCAAUCCAUCACCACCACCAUCAGCAACAACUUCAACACAGCUCUCUUCUCGACGCUCUUUACUGCGAUGAAGAAAAAUUCGAAGAAGACGAAGAUGUUUCGUCUCAACAAAGUGAUGUCACAACAAACAGCGACAACAGCAUCCUAGACUCCACUUCGCUUUAUCCUCUUCUUCUCUUGGAACAAAACUUGUUCUUUCAAGAUGAAGAACUCAUCACGCUUUUCUCCAAGGAAAAAACCCAGCAAGAAACAUACUACGAGGAUCUGAAAAAUGUCGUGGAUUUUGUUUCUCUCUCUCAACCUCGUCGUGAAGCUGUUCAAUGGAUGCUUCAAGUCAAUGCUCAUUACGGCUUUUCACCUCUCACCGCAACACUUGCUGUUACUUACUUCGAUAGGUUCCUUCUAACCUUCCAUUUCCAAAAGGAUAAGCCAUGGAUGAUUCAGCUUGUUGCUGUUACUUGCAUCUCUUUAGCUGCUAAAGUUGAAGAAACUCAAGUUCCUCUUCUCCUAGACCUUCAAGUGCAAGAUACUAAAUAUGUGUUUGAAGCAAAAACUAUUCAGAGAAUGGAGCUAUUGAUUCUGUCUACACUGAAAUGGAAGAUGCAUCCAGUGACACCACACUCUUUUCUAGAUCAUAUUAUAACAAGGCUUGGUUUGAAAACUAAUCUACAUUGGGAGUUUUUAAGACGCUGUGAGAAUCUUCUUCUAUCUGUACUUUUAGAUUCAAGAUUUGUUGGGUGUGUUCCUUCUGUGUUGGCUACUGCUACAAUGCUGCAUGUUAUAGAUCAGAUUGAAGAGAGUGAUGAUAAUGGUGUGGACUACAAAAAUCAGCUUCUUAAUAUUCUCAAAAUCAAUAAGGAGAAAGUGGAUGAAUGUUAUAAUGUGAUUCUUGAGGUUACUAAUGGAAAUAGUUAUGGUCAUAAACGAAAAUAUGAACAAGUUCCUGGAAGUCCAAGUGGCGUAAUUGAUGCUGUUUUUAGUUCUGAUGGUUCCAAUGAUUCAUGGAAAGUGGGUUCAUCCUCUUAUUCAACCUCAGAGCCUGUGUUUAAGAAAACAAAAACUCAAGGGCAAAAUAGGAAUUUGUCACCUCUUAAUAGGGCUAUUGUUGGAAUUCUUGCCACUGCUACUUCUCCUUAAUAUCAUCUCUAUGUCCUUUUUUAAAAAACAAAAUAAUAACCAUAUAAAAAAUAAUCUAUGUUUAUUUAAUAUGGUUAUGUCAUGUUUCUAAGAUCUCUUCAUUUCCAACAAUGUCCCUAAUGAAUCUCUUGAAGAGGCAGAGACAUGGGAGAGGCAAGAUGAAAGGACUGAAAGAGGAGAGGACAAAGUUGGCAAUGAAGAUUAUGUUAUUUAAUUUGAAGGCACUUUUUUAUUUUAUAUUAAAUGGUUCUCUUAUAGACCAUACCAAAUUUGAACAUAUUUAUAUUAUAUUUCUAUAAUAAAUUGGGAAUAAUUUUUGUUCA